AUGGACGGUAUGCAUGACGGUUCCCAGAAUUCGUCCAUUGACUUGGCCAUUCUCAAGGAAGUCUUGAGCUUCGUCCAAGCAAAUAUCCUCCAGGAUGAGAAUAUCAACACGGUCCUGGCGUCGAUGGAGGGGACCAAGUCCCAAGAUCAACACAUUCUGCGCAUAUACUUCAAAGCAUGCGCGUUAAACAAGGACAGCUGUUUAACCGGAAUGAGCCAAUUUUUCACGGAAGUGCAGCGCGGCCAUGCCAGACCGUUCGCCCUGUUCGAUGGACAAGGUGUGGAUAGCUAUUUCGACGAGCUCCUCGAGGCCUAUAGCAUCUACCGGUACCACGUGGGAACUCUGGUGCGUCGUAUGUCUGACACACUAAUCCGUCUCGCGGCGGAUGAUCGGGUCAAGGGACUCUUUCUACAUGGACUGGACGUGGAGGCAUGGCUCAACAGCCCGGAAUCACGUCCCGGUGUUGACUAUCUGACGACGGCCGCAGUCAGCCUUCCUCUCAUUGGAUUCUCUCAGCUUUUACAGUAUGCGACUGCGUGUAUCAACCUGGGCCUCUCGCCGGGGGAACUUCGUCAGUGUUUCUCAGGCGCGGCAGGUCACUCCCAGGGGGUGGUCGUGGCAGCAUUUAUUGCCACCUCCGAUUCGUGGGACAAUUUUCACAUCGCUGCCCAGCAGAGUUGCGAGGUUCUAUUUUGGAUCGGUGCUAGAUGCCAGCAGAAUAUUCCUCUCUCCAUGCCAUCGUCUGGACCAGUUCCGUCACCCUCGUCAUAUAUGCUCAGUGUCAGGGGAAUUUCCCAGCACAUGGUACAGAGCCAUAUUGACGAGCUCAACUCCCAUCUUCCCGCAUCUCAGGCAGUUCAUCUCGCCCUCGUGAAUGGACCGCAACAAUUCGCCAUUGCAGGAUUCCCGCUCUCCUUGCGAGCGCUCGAAAAGAAGCUCCAGAUCCAAAGCCGUAGUGGUGCCUUGCAAUCGACCAGCCAGUCGCGCAUUCCAUUUAGCCAACGCCAACCAGUGAUUCACACUCGGUUCUUGCCUAUUGCAGCUCCUUUUCACUCGCCAUAUCUCGAAGCUGCGGUGGGGCAAUCGCAGCAAGACCUUGCCUCGUUCACCCUCAAAGGCACUGAUCUCGCGUUUCCCGUGUUUCAUACGGAAACGGGCGAGAACCUACAGAAGAGCCGGAAUCUUAUCCCAGAAUUGGUGCAAAUGAUAUGCACUGGACAGGUACAGUGGGAAAGACUUUUGCAGAAGGCCCUGCCCGGGUUUACUCAUGUCCUGGAUUUCGGCCCCGGUGGCGAUGCAAGUAUUGGCGGCCUGGUCAACCAGCAGCGAGACGGGACGGGUCUGAGGAUCAUCAUCGUAAGUGCCCACAAGGGAUCAAGUACAUCACUUGACUACGCUGGAGUCCUGUAUGCGCGGGCGACAUCGAUCAAAUAUAACCCAAUAUGGAGCCGUGACUACGCUCCUUUGCUCGUCCAGUCGCAAUGGGACCCCCCGCUACUUGUUGACACCAAGUUCAGCCAGCUGUUGGGUCUUCCACCGCUCAUGGUUGCCGGAAUGACCCCAACGACAACGGCCCCCAAGUUCGUGGCCGCAAUCAUGAAUGCUGGUUAUCAUGCGGAACUGGCGUGUGGCGGAUUUCCCGACGCCGACAGUAUGCGCCAAGGCAUUCAAUCCCUCACAGCGGCGAUCGCGCCUGGUCGGGGUAUUACCUGCAACCUCAUCUAUGCCAAUCCGCGAGCCAUCGCAUGGCAGAUCCCUCUUCUCGCCGAAAUGCGUCGUUCAGGUGUCCCUAUCACCGGUUUGACAAUCGGUGCUGGCGUUCCCUCACCGACCAUUGUCCAGGGUUAUAUCGCCGAGCUACUCCUAACGCACAUAGCGCUGAAACCGGGUUCGAAGGAAGCCAUUGACGCGGUUCUGACAAUUGCACGAGCUAAUCCAAAUUUUCCUAUCAUACUGCAGUGGACGGGGGGCCGCGGUGGUGGGCAUCAUUCGUAUGAGGACUUCCAUGAGCCCAUUCUGGACCAAUAUGGUCAAAUCCGGUCCCAUCAGAAUGUAGUUCUCGUUGCCGGCAGCGGUUUUGGAGACGCUGAUGGUACCUAUCCGUAUAUCACUGGCUCGUGGUCUGAGAAGUUUGGUCGCCCUCGCAUGCCAUUUGAUGCCAUUCUGCUCGGGAGCCGCGUAAUGGCCGCCCGAGAGGCACAGACAAGUCCCGCCGUAAAAGAGGUCAUCCGCCAAACUCCCGGCGUUGCGGACUCCCAGUGGGAGCAAAUCUACCAAGGACCUGCAGGCGGGAUUCUGAGUGUUCGCUCGGAGAUGGGGGAACCGAUUCACAAGUUGGCUACGCGCGGAGUGAUGCUCUGGGCGGAGUUGGAUCGAGAUAUAUUUAGCCUACCGCGUGACAAACAAAAACAAGCCCUGCUAGCUCGCAAAGAGUACUACACCAAACGUCUUAACGAGGAUUUCCAAAAGGUAUGGUUCGGUUGCAACGCAAGCGGUGAGGUGGUCGAUCUCCACCAGAUGACCUAUGCCGAAGUGUGGCAGCGCAUGGUGGCCUUGUUGUAUCUGAAACAGUCGCAUGAAUGGAUUGAUCCAUCCUUUCGUACACUGGUCUGGGAUUUUACGCAGAGGUUGGAAGAAAGACUAGGCCGGUCACGCGCGGGUAGGAGCACGAAGGACCAGAAGAACGGCGCAGUCCUGCACAAUAUCUCCCAGCUUGAUCAACCUUUCCAACUUCAGUCGGAUCUGCUCGCCCAGUAUCCACGCGCAACUAUCGAUGUUAUCACCGCAGCGGAUGCAGAGUACGUGGUUUUACUUUCUCGUCGACGGGGACAGAAGCCAGUACCGUACAUCGUGGCGUUGGACGAAGAUCUGGAAUACUGGUUCAAGAAAGAUUCAUUGUGGCAGUCGGAGCGCAUAGAGGCUGUUCCUGGCCAGGAUGUGGGUCGUGUAUGCAUUCUCCAUGGACCCGUGGCGGCACAACAUACAGUGAAGGUGGAUGAGCCCGUCAAGAGCAUCCUGGAUGGCAUCCAUAAUUUUCAUGCGAUGAGGAUCUUAGAGGAUCGAUACUCGGGAAAUCUCUCACACGUUCCGGCUACCGCGAAUCCAGCCACUGCAGAUCUGGGCCAGCUAGAGAUGAAUGGCCUAGUGAUUGAGCAACAGGAAGAUGGCGCCGUUGUGAGAUAUUCCUGGUCAGACACAGUGGCCCAUCAACUGUCGCCGGAUGACUGGUUAAGGGCGUUAGCAGGAGCAUCCUCCGCACCAUGGUGCUGUACGUUGUUCACAGAGCCGAUGGUUGUCCAGGGACGGAAGACCGUGAGUAACCCUAUUCACCGACUCUUUGCCGCGCACCCAGGUCGAAUCGUCGAAGUUCAGAAUCCACAUUCACCCGGGAUUACCAAGAUAGUGGUCAAGGAGGUCAAAGAGGAAGCCGAGGCUGGAGGCGGAGUGAAACGAACCAUAGUCUCCAGUGCCUCCUUGCGCAAUGGUCCCAAAAAUGGUGAAAUUAUCCUUACCUUGUGGGAUCACACCGCUGUUGAUAGAGCAGUAGUGGCCUUGGACUUUCAGUUCAAAUACAAGCCAUGCAGAGGAGCCCCCAGUAUUACGGAGGUAAUGACAGAUCGCAACGCGCGGAUCAAACAGUAUUAUCAAACCAUCUGGAUUGGUGAACAGCGAUUGUCUUCAACUCUCACAUCUGACUUUGUUUUCCAAGGCGAGGAUAUUGUCCUAAGACGAGAUAUGAUCCACCAGUUUACCCAGAGCAUCCAGAACCACAACCCCAGCUACUCAUCUUGUUCCAGUGAGCCUUUACCUGCACCCCUGGAUCUGGCUAUAGCAGUGGCAUGGAAACCCAUCAUGAGUUGCCUGUUUCCGGGGAUCGUCUCAGGAGACAUGCUCCGGUUGCUGCACCUCAGUACUCACUUUGAGCUCUGCGAUGGGGUCGAGGCAUUAAAGGAAGGGGAUCGCCUCUCCCCGGAAGGGCGAUUGACCGCUAUCAAGAUCAAGAAAGGCUCGGGUAAAGUGAUCGAAGCUGAAGGGAUAAUCCACCGCAAUGGUACUCCCGCUGUCCAUUUGAAAAAUACGUUCAUUCUUCUUGGGGCAUACGCAGACGACGAAACCACAUUCGAGGUCAAGGAAGAGGAAAUACGCCUUUCUUUGUCUUCGUCUAAGGAUAUUGCGUUGCUGAAAUCGAGACGAUGGCUGUUUUUGCUGGAGAGUGUUGAUCUGUUUGACUAUCUCCACAAAACCAUUGAAGUUCAGAUCAAAAGCCGUUACUCGUUCCAGGCCUCCGACACAUAUGCCCACCUCUGCGUUGAAGGAAAAGUGAGGUAUCGGUCAGAGACGGGGGACUCUGUGAUGCUGGGAUCCGUCAGUCUUUCGGGUGACUCGUUCGUAAAAAACCCAGUAACUGAGUACCUGAAAAGACAUGGCACCAGUACCGCCAAUGGGUAUCAAACCCUCGCUCAGCCUCAGAAUCUUGUUGAAAAUCUACAAGUCACUGUUCCGGACCAAGCAGACCGAUAUGCCCUAGCUUCAGGUGAUUGGAAUCCAAUCCAUCUGUCGGAGCUUUUUGCUCGUUACGCGGAGCACGACUCCCGAGUCACGCAUGGAAUGUUCACUAGUGGGCUGGUGCGUGGUCUUGUCGAAUCGUAUGUGGCGAACAAUGAUCCCUCUCAGAUGAAGUCUUGGUCGUGCGCCUUUGAAGGCAAGGUGUCCCCCGGAGAUCGAUUAUCUAUUCGGAUGGACCACGUGGCGAUGUCUCAGGGGAAGAUGGUAGUCGACAUUCACGUCGAGAAUGCUGCCCUGGGCCUCACGGUACUCUCGGCGCAAGCAAUUCUGGAACAACCUUUGAUAGCAUAUGUAUUCACGGGGCAAGGCAGCCAACAGCCCGGUAUGGGGAUGGAACUGGACAAACAAAGUUCAAAGGCUCAUGGAGUUUGGAAAGCUGCCGAUGAGUAUUAUGAGAAGACAUAUGGCUUUUCCAUCACCGGUAUUGUGAAGAACAACCCCAAGGACCUGACAGUGUACUUCGGUGGGACCAGAGGACGUGCCAUACGUGAGAACUAUAUCUCACUGACAUUCGACUCCCUAAGUGAAGAUGGGACUGUCGCCUCCAAACGGGUCUUCCCCGAUAUCACGAACUCGACUCGAUCAUACACCUUCCGGUCUACCAACGGCCUUCUCCAUGAGACACAAUUUACACAGCCCGCCUUGGCCUUAAUGGAGAUCGCGCGAUUCGAAGAUAUGCGUAGUAAAGGUAUAGUCAAGGAAAAUAGUUUAUUUGCCGGUCAUUCACUGGGCGAGUACGUAGCUCUUACAGCCAUGGGCCGGAUUUUUUCCAUCGAAACAUUUGCAGCACUGGUUUUUUAUCGGGGAUUAACCAUGCAAAAUGCGGUGAAAGGUGACUCCAAUGGGGCCACAGAAUACUCCAUGUGUGCAGUCAAUCCUAGUCGCAUCACCAAGAGUUUCAGUGAGAACGACCUGCACUGGUGUGUUUCCGAGAUCGCGCGGUACACAGGAGGACUACUGGAGAUUGUGAACUACAACAUUGUCAACAUGCAAUAUGUCUGUGCAGGAGAUCUCCGUGGACUGGCGACUCUAACAAUGGUCAUCGAUGCGCUCGCGUCUGGUUUGCUCAGUAUAUCUCAAGUCCAAGAAGUGCAGACAUUUAUCCAGAAAUCUUUAGCUUAUCUUGAUACACUGAAAAAACCCCUUACACUCGAACGAGGUCGUGCAACAAUCCCGUUGAAUGUCAAUGUCCCCUUCCAUAGCAGUCUACUGAGACCGGGCGUGGAUUCCUUCCGAUAUCUUCUUCAGCAAUAUAUUUCAGAGUCUAUGCUCGACCCAAACCGACUGAUAGGAAAAUAUAUCCCAAAUCUCACAGCGAAGCCCUUUGAGCUCUCGAAAGAAUAUGUUCAAUGCAUUCUUGCGCUAACAAAGAGUCCGGUGUUGGCGGAUCUUAUGCGCAAUUGGCCGUCUAUUGAAGGUAUUGGGCAUGAAUUUCCACUUCCAGUCGUUUAG